AUGGACAUUAGUUUCCUUGCUGACUGUACUAAGUCAACUCCCCACGGCUGUAAAGCUACCGCAACUGUUCCUCUGCACGCACGCAACAAGGCAAACAGUGCAGCAUUCACUUUAUGUGGAAUGCCUUUGUACCAAAUGUGCUUGCAUCAUCCAAGUGACAUCACUUGGACCAUAGGUGAACCAGCAGUGACAAUUCCCAAAACAAGAAAGGAAUACAAUGAUACUGACCACAAGUCUAUAGAGAAGAAUUUUCAAGCAAAAAAAAUCCUCGUCUAUGGCAUUGGACCAAAUGAAUACACUAGGAUUUCUGCCUGUCAAUCUACCAAAGAGAUCUGGGAAGCUCUCCAAACAGCACACGAAGGGACAACUCAAGUCAAGAUGAAGGAUGAUGAGUCCAUUCAGGACAUGCACACUCGCUUCACCUCUAUCAUCAAUGAGAUUCAUUCUCUGGGUGAGAUUAAUCCAAGGAACAAACUUGUCAGGAAAAUACUCAGUGCAUUACCUGGUUCCUGGGAAAGCAAAGUUAAUGCUAUCACGGAGGCAAAGGAUCUACAAAAGUUAACCAUUGAUGAACUCAUUGGCAAUCUAAAGACUUAUGAGAUGAUGAAGAAGAAGGAUCAUAAGAGAAGAGAGCGAAAAAGGGAGAAGAACCUGGUCCUCAUGACAGACAACAAUGACUCAAGUGGUGAGGAUGUUGAUAUGGCCUAUCUAAAAAAAAGAUUUCAGAAGAUAGUUCGCAGAAAUGGAGGUAUUCCAAAUAGGGGCAGCUCCAGCAAGCCAAGAGGCUAUGACUUAUGUCAUAAGUGCGGGAAGCUAGUGCAUUUCAUCAAGGAUUUUCCUCUCCACAAGCAAGACCAGUACAAACACAAAAUAGAUAAAGUAGCCAAGAGGAACCCGGUUCCUAACAAAAUAUUCAAGAGAAAAGAUGUCGCUGAUAAUGUUGUGAAACAUGCUCUUGAUGCAUGGCGAGACUCUUCCAGCGAAUCUGGAAAAGAUGAUGAGAAAGGUGGUAGCUCUAUGAUGGCAGUAGAAAGUGAAGAAGCUGAGUAUGACUCCAUUUUUGCCCUGAUGGCAAAUUCAGAUGAUGAUGAGAUCUAUGACAAAGGCAACAAGGUGGAAUUUGUGUCAAAAAUCUGCACAGUCACAAGCCUUGUGACUGGUGAAGUGAUCCCGAUGGCAAAAAGAUACAAAGACAUCUAUGUCACUAAUUUUGAGUCCCUACAUAAUGGGGAUCUCACAUGUCUGAGUGCUGUGGAUGAUGAUGCUGAAUUGUGGCACAGAAGGUUAGGCAAUGCAUGUUGUACAUUGCUGAACAAAUUGGUCAAGAAGGACCUGAUCAGGUCCUUCUUCAAAUCCAAAAAGGAAGUAAGCACCUCAAGGCCACUUGAUCUCCUCCAUAUGGAUCUAUGCGGACCUAUGAGAGUGCCAAGUAGAGGAGGAAAGAAGUACAUCAUCGUCAUAGUAGAUGACUACUCAAGAUUCACAAGGACGCUGUACCUCAGAACCAAAUAUGAGACUUUUCUAGUGUUUGCUGCUUUUGUGAAAACAAUCCAAGUAAAGAUGAGCGAUAAUGUUGUGAGUAUAAGAUCUGAUCAUGGCACAGAAUUUGACAAUGCAAGUUCACAAGGCACAAAGGUUGCCUUGCUGACGAAGGAAAAUGCUGAUUUGAAGAAAUAUGUCGAGGACCUGAAAGAGAGGCUGCUCAACGACUGUAAAGUUGCUGCAACUGUUCCUCUGCACGAACGCAACAAAGCAAACAUUGCAGCAGUCACUUUAUGGGGAUUGCCUUUGUACCAAAUGUGCAUGCAUCAUCCAAGUGACAUCACUUGG